AUGCUUAGUAAAUCCGACACCCGAAGCCAUCUGGAUCUGGCCAGCACCCAUUUGCGGAUGCUGGAGAGGAUUCUCCAAGAUGGGAAACUCAUUGUUGACGGGGACAGUCUCACCAUAGCCAGUGUGGUGGCUAUAUCAAAGCAUUCGUGCAAACCUUAUCUCACCGAUGAUCAAGACACGCUUGAGAGCAUCAACAACAGCGUCUCGACUUUGGAGAAGCUGCUUGCCAACGGCCACGCAAUAUACGGUGUCAACACGGGGUUUGGAGGCAGUGCAGACUCAAGAACAAACCAUGUCAUCACUCUUCAAAAAUCCCUGCUCCAGCUUCUUCAGAGCGGCAUUCUCACAAGCAAAGACACUGGGACUAGCAAUCCUUCAAAGAACUCCACCGACCACGAGUCUCAGUCAAUGCCAUCAGAAUGGGUCAAGGGUACCAUACUCGUACGCGCAAAUUCCGUCUCGAGGGGUCAUUCGGCCGUCACCGUCGCUGCAAUCGAAAGUCUUCUGAUGCUUUUGCGGGAAGACCUUACUCCAGUGGUUCCUUUGCGAGGGACGAUAUCUGCAUCGGGCGAUCUGAUGCCGCUAGCCUAUGUGGUUGGGGCCAUCGAAGGAAGCCCUGGGAUUACAGUGCGCUCUGGGUAUAGGACUCUGAAUGCGGAGGAGGCCCUGAAAGCAAUCGGGGCAAAGGCUAUCACUUUAGGGCCAAAGGAGGGUCUUGGGCUAGUCAAUGGAACUGCGGCGUCGGCGGCCUUGGCUAGUCUUGCCCUGUACGAGGCCCAUCAGCUGGCUCUUCUUGCCCAGAUCAAUACCGCUCUUGCUGUUGAAGCAGUUCGUGGCAGCUGUGAAAGCUUCCAUCCAUUUAUCGCGGAAGCGCGACCCCAUUACGGUCAAGGUGAAGCUGCAGCCAAUAUCGCCUCUCUGCUCUCCGGGUCCCUUCUAGCACAUAGCAGCAGUCGAAGCAGCAUCGAAAUGUCGUCGGCGAAAAGGGCUUCGAAGGAAGGCCUAGUCCAAGAUCGAUACUCAUUGAGAACAGCCAGUCAAUGGUUGGGACCUUAUCUUGAGGACUUGCUUCUAGCCGAUUACCAGAUUGGAGUCGAGCUGAAUUCAACCUCCGAUAAUCCUCUCGUCGACACCUUGAACGAAACUUCCUACUCGGGAGGAAACUUCCAAGCAACAUCUGUCACCUCCGCGAUGGAAAAGACCCGUCUCGCCUUGCAGAUGAUUGGCAAAAUGAUCUUUGCUCAAUGCACCGAGCUCAUCGAUCCAUCCCUCAACAACGGUCUGCCCACAAAUCUGGUCGCAGAUAACCCUAGCCUCUCCUUUACCAUGAAAGGGGUAGACAUCAACAUGGCGGCUUAUAUGUCUGAGCUAGCAUACCUCGCAAACCCAGUUAGCAGCCACGUACAAACAGCAGAAAUGCACAAUCAAGCACUCAAUUCGAUGGCUUUUGUCUCAGCACGCUACACCAUGCAAGCAGUGGACAUUGUUUCCAUGAUGACCGCAGCCUCUCUUUAUGUCGCUUGCCAGGCGCUCGACCUCCGCGCCCUGCAGCUCAACUUCUUCCAGGCCCUGCGCCUGUCCCUCGCUUGCUCGCUCAAGGACACAUUCAACGCCUACCUGACAAAAGUGCAAGUAGAAGACUUGUGCUUCAAUGUCCAAUCCGCAUGUGAGGGCGCCUGGCAAGUGACCGCUCGCCAGGAUAUCCAAGACCGAUGCAAGGAGCUAGUCAAUGCCAUUCUCCCCAUCAUCAUAUCGCACUUUGAUGAACAGGGCAGUGAUAUUUCCCUUCAUGUACUGAACAAGUGGAAGAAGGCGGCAGUUUCCGAAGUUCAAGAGGUCUAUAUGAGCGUUUUCGAUGAUUUCCUGAAGAAUAACAACACACUCAUGUUCCUUGGCAACGGGUCGCAAAAGAUAUACGCUGCCAUACGUCAUGAGCUGAAAGUGCCUUUCCAUCUGGGGUUCAUUGAGCAUCCUGUCGCAGAGGAUCCAACAGGAGGUAAAAUUGACGGGAGGGAGAAGAAGACGGUCGGUGGCUGGAUAUCGAUCAUAUAUGAGGCUUUGAGGGAUCAAAGACUUAGUGGGGUGAUUUUGGCGGCCUUUGGCGAGUCAGCUUAG